AAAAAUUGUAGAAGAGAAAAGAAGAAGAAGAAUCAUUGAAUAGAGGAUUGAUUGCAAUUUGCAACCCCUACCUGUAAAUAAUCCAUCAUCGUCAUAUUUUUAGAUGACAGUCAUGUCAUGUAAAGUGCUGCCCUUUUACAGGGUGGGUUGAUCCCAAUGAGAUACCCUUCAGUCUUCGGAUUGGCACUAUUCCUCUCAUUUUCCGUUACAUCAUCAUCUUCAUCUUUUCCACGAACACCAUUCUUUCGUCUUCCAUCUUCCUCCAUCAUCUCAAUCCCAAAAGCCACUCCCUCCGACUUAUUAUCUCUUUUGGGUCCCACACCUCACUCCAAACUCGUCAAUCCCGUCGUAGCACGCCAACUCAAAUCAUGCCUCAAAUUCCUUGUCCCCUUUUCUCCAACGGUUACCGAUUCUCCUCCUCGUCACCGGAAAUUGGGCCGGUCCGAACUCACCGGUUCGAACCGGAGAAAUGAUAACGAUAUGAUUUGGUGGCCGCCAGAGCCCGUUUUGGAACUUGCUCGCCUCGCCGUCGAUUCCAGUGGUGACCCUGCCGCCGUUCACCGCGCUCUUGACCCCACCGUCAUCCCAGUACCUGAUGUGGAAGGAUCAAACGAAGACCGAUGCCAUCUCACCAGAACUCCCUAUGGAAGACGUUUCAUUUCUGAGGAAUUGAACAUGUAUAUGCAAUUUUUGUUUGAACUCAUUGUUGAUCGAGGUCCUUCUAUUGGGUUUGAUGUUGCCUUGAACCGAUAUGAUUUAUUCCAUGGCCAUCUCUUUCUAUCCAUACACUCUGGAAGACUUGGUGUCUUAUUCCAUGCAAGGGAAUAUCCGGCAUAUGAUAAAAAAGUGUUCCCGUACAACAUGGGUUUUUGUCAGAGAGGGUCCAAUGUGACAUAUGAUGAUUCAAUGAACUUGCGAAAUAUUCUCUGGCUGGCUCCUUUGCCCGACAAUUCCACCAAAUCUUGGGUGGCACCAGGGGUUCUGGUAGUGCUGGAUGCUAGACCUGAUGGAAUCAUAUACAGAGAUCUAAUACCAGAUUAUGUAAAAAUCGCGAGGACUAUAUAUGAAGAUGAUUUAGGGGAGGUUGCUGUUGAUGUAAACAUCUUGAACGUGGGUUCUCAAAGUCAAAAUUAUCAAAUAUUCAUAUGCUGAUGCUAUGCUUGACACCCAGCUUAUAUCAAAAUUAUCAAAUAUUCAUAUGCUGAUGCUAUGCUUGACACCCAGCUUAUAUAAAUGAAGAUUGUCCAAAGGCUUCACUAAUAAUGGAAAGCUCGAUUACCAGAAAGAUUGCACAGUGGAUUUCCUCCAAUUUGAGAGGUCUAUUGAUUGCUGUGUUCCAUUAUUACUUUGUAUGCUUGUGUAUUGUAUUCAAAUUGACCCUUCAAUUUUAUGCAUUUCAAUUUGUUAAAAAAAGAACUUUAUGCAAUUCAAUGUCAUUGUACCAAUGCAAGGACUUGUCCGAACUAGGGAUGGGAAUAGAUUGAGCUGAGGUAUAUUUUUAAGGUCCAAGUCUGGAUGUUGCUCAAUAUACCCUCAAAUUGCUCGACCGAUUAGGUUGUAACUCCCGAUUGGCUUUUUUUGUGUGUAAACUUCGGUCGGGUCGUAACUCUUGAUCGACUUUUACCGGAAAACCUACGCAAUUUGAGGGGCUUAAUGAACAACCAUCCCAAGUUUGACCUUGUCAAUUUUUAUUUAUUUUUAAAUAUGUAAUUACUUUUCAGAGAUGAAA